AUGGCAACGUUGUUUGUAGCAUUGAAGAGGUUAUUCAUCGUCAUGACAUGCGUAAUGGCAGCUGCACUUGUUUACUUAUAUGUCAUGGAUCGCUUCUCCUCUUGUUUCAACCCAAGUGCUUGGUGGAUGCAAGUGUUAGAGACAGAUGUUAUCACCUAUUUCCUAUUUAUAACAUUAUUCAAGCUGUCAUCUGAAGAAUCUGAAGAUCCAUUAUACUUUGUACUGGCUAGACAUCAGAAAAGGGAUAUCACGGGACACCGGAAACAACAUUCGAUGGUAAUAGCAAAAGUAAUUAUUGCUCUACUAGGCUGCUACAUGCUGGGAAUACUAAUUUACGCCUUUAUGAUUGAUGGAAUGCCAUUCCAUAUGGAAGUACUUACGCCGUGCAUGAUAACUGGGUUGAUUGACAUCCAUAUUCAUGUUGUGGUUUUUUCGGUGUGGAUAAUAUAUAAGGAAUCAAGUUGGAUAAGUUCUGUUUUUUGGAUACUUUCAGUUGUAUGUUUUGGGAGCAUGGCUCUCUGUGUAUACAUAGCACGGGAACUGUUGCACCUCUCACCAGAGCAGCCUGUUUCGUUUAUACUUUUUAAUCAAAGUAGCAGAGAUAUGAUGUCGAGUGAUCCUCUAUUGACAGAACAUUCCGAUGUAUAA